AAAUCAACUACUCAAGUCAUCAGCUGCGCCCUUUGAUUGUCCACUGUGUCAGCAACACAAACAGCGUAUUCAACAUACACGUACAUACGCUGUGUUUGUAACCACUCCACAAAUCCAAAACUACAAUGGCCAUCAUCAAACGGCGUGCCCCCCGGUCCUCGUCACAGCUGUCGGCUGCAACUGUUUCCCCCACUGAAAACUUAUUUAUAAACAUCCAUGCCAACCGAGCUGCCGAUUUGAUCGAGGAAAGUCGGUUGGAUAUUGCUUCCAGGAUUACUGCCAAUCGCACUAACCCGAUCUUGCUUGCAAACUUGAACGGCCAAAUCAAGAAAACCAAAAGAAAACUCAGCUCCAACAACCCGUCAUGGGACCAGAUACUCUCACUCCCACUAAAACCAUACGACCGAAGCUCCGUUGUCACCUUGAGUGUGUGGGAUAAGCAUCGUGGCUACAAGAACUACUUGGGAGAGCUUCGGAUUGAUUUAGCCCUGGUUUUUGGUGAUGGUGACAACUUCACUCCCAAAACUGAGUUGAAGUGGUAUAAGCUCUAUUCCAACGAUUCUCAAAAACACUUUGUCACGGGAUCCUUGUUGUUGGCGUUCGAGCUUGUCGUGAAACAGAAAAAGGGACUUGCCAAACGAUCCCAGACGGUCGAGGAUUUCAAGGCCAUGGACCUCACAAGUGUUGCUGCUCCACUGAACAAGAAGCUUGAGUUGUUGAAUGACUGGAAGAAGUCGUUGAUUUAUAGUGAUGAUGCCAAAGCGUUGCUGGUGAAUGACCAGGGGUUUUAUUCAGACUCGGGAGACGUCUCGGACAUCUCGGACGUCUCGCUUUCGGAAGCAGAUGCGGCCUCUUUGUACUCAGACACCCAUUCCCAGCGGUCUAACGAGCUUUCCGAGCCUCAGCACAAUCUACUGCCAGAGUUUGAUAUAAAAGAACAGAACCAUAUGUUUUCCACCGACGAUUUGACCACCGAUUUCGACGAAUCCGAUGCCGUUUCCCUCGUGGAUAACGAGGGAGGUAGGCUGGAUCCGCAAACUAGAAGGACCCGCCGGUUUAAGCACAGAAAACCCAAGCAUCCAGAAAGAUCGAAGUUUGAGAUCAAAAAUCGGAAAGUCGAUGGGGUUCUCUUUCUUGAGGUUGUUUCGUGCUCCGACCUUCCUCCCGUACGAAGACUCACAGGAAUGGGACGGUUUGAUAUGGACCCGUUUGUGGUUGUGACGUUUGGCAAGCAAACCUUCAGAACCAGCUGGAAACGGCACAAUUUAAACCCGAUUUUCAAUGAAAGGCUUGCAUUUGAGAUCCUCAAACAAGAGAAGAGCUUUGAGGUCCACUUUCUUGUACUCGACAAAGACCGGUUUUCGUUGCAUGAUGACGUUGCCAGUGUUUCGAUACCCUUAAAGGACUUGACCAAAACUGCCACCGCUGCUCCCAAAAGUAUGUAUUUGAGGCCAGCAGCCGAAGCUUCUGGCGAGUCGUUGGAGUUAACCCAAGAAGAGUUUACAGACAGUGAGCUUCCCUCCAAUAAACUGAUUACGAUUGUGGAAAAUAACAAUCUUGUCGAAACCAUGGAGAAGAGAAUAAUCCGCAAGAAACUCAAGCUCAAGUACUCUGACACUUCGAGAUUCAAGACGAUGGACUUGGCCCUAAAUCUUGUGGAUGACAAGUACAAGAACAAGUACAGCCCCAAAUUGAAGGUUCGGGUUCGAUACGAAACUUACGAAAACCUCAGACGGUCGUUCUGGGAAAGACUCCUUGACCAGUAUAAUCUCGCGGACUCACAGGACACCAACAUUCAGGAAAAGACGUACGACUAUAUUGAGCUCAUCUCGCUCUUGGACACUUUAGGCUGCGAAAACAGUGACGAGAUUGUUACCAAGUUUUUCGCCAAGUACGGAAGACUGCCUUGGGGAGGCGAUACACUUCAGAUUGAGCAAAUCUGUGAAUGUUUGGAGGAGCACAUUGCUGCUGAUGAUACCAACAACAAGUUGUUUGAGAUUGAACAGUGUCCCAACUGUCUCAAAAAACGAUUCAUCAACAAACAUGACGUGGACAUUGUCACCCAUUUUGCCAUUUGUGGAUCGAAAGACUGGAGUCUCGUGGAUAAGUUGCUUGUGUCCUCUUAUGUCACUCCACAGCUUGCCUCUAAGCGGUGGUUCACCAAGGUGUUGAUCAAGCUCAGCUAUGGUAAAUACCAGCUUGGAAGCAACUCGGCCAAUAUCCUAGUUCAAGACAGAAUGACGGGAAUUAUUCUCGAAGAGAAGAUGGGUGUCUACGUGCGAUUGGGAAUCCGGCUACUCUACAAAGGGUUGGACAAGGCCCGAACCAAGCGAAUCAGAUCGUUACUAUAUAAGUUGAGUGUCAAGCAAGGCACAAAGUUCGAUGAUCCUGCUCUGAAACAUGAUAUCCCUUCGUUUGUGAGAUUCCACAAACUCGACUUGUCAGAGUGCCUAGAUGAAGACCUCAGCAAGUAUGCGACGUUCAAUGAGUUUUUUUACCGGAGACUCAAACCUGGUGCUAGAACUAUUGAAAGGGAAGACGAUGACCGUGUGGUCAUUUCACCUGCUGACUGCCGGUGUGUUGUAUUCGACUCUGUCGUCGAGUCCACCAAGUUGUGGAUCAAGGGUCGCAACUUCACCAUCGCCAAGCUCUUCAACGGGAACUUCUACGGGUUGGAGAAUAAAGAUAUCUACAGGGCCGAAAACUGCGCAGUUGCUGUAUUCAGGCUUGCACCUCAAGACUACCAUCGGUUCCAUUGUCCCGUGUCGGGUGUGAUCAAGAAGAUUAAGUUCAUUGAAGGAGAGUACUAUACGGUCAAUCCCAUGGCCAUCCGGUCCGAACUAGACGUUUUUGGAGAGAAUGUCCGUGCCCUUAUUGCCAUUGAGACAGAAACCUUUGGAACGGUGGUGAUGAUACCAGUGGGCGCCAUGAUGGUGGGGUCGACAAUUUUGACCCGCCAGGAAGGUGAAGAAGUUAAAAAGGGUGAAGAAAUGGGCUAUUUCAAGUUCGGAGGGUCAACAGUGAUUCUUCUUUUUGAGAGAAACAAGUUUAAGUUCGACUCGGACUUGGUUGAGAAUAGUAGACAGCAGAUGGAAACGCUUGUUCGAGUAGGUCAAAGUGUGGGACAUCUGCCUGGGAUAGAAGAGGUCCGCAGAGAUCACAUGGAGUUCUCCAAGUUAACCGAGAGCACUAGGAAGAACUUGAUCAGAGUGAUUACUGGAGGAGACUUGGCGGAUGUGAAGGAGUUCAGGAGCUGGGAGGCUUCUAAUUUGACCUUUGACGAUGACCUUGACUCUAUGGUGGAGUAUGUUUCUGAUUAUGACGAGGAGGAGGAGAAAGAUGAAGAUGAAGAAGGUAUCAUAUACUAGGUAUUAUAUAGAGAGGUAGUCUAGUAGCAUUUGUAAGGAAAUAACAAGAGUUUCUAUAAUCU